GCCCGGCGAGGGGCGCGCGCCCUACUCGUCGGGGCGGCGCGGGGCCGGUUGCGGGGCCGGUGCGGGGCCGGGCUGCGGUGCGGGGAGGGGAGGGGGGGCCGCCCCUCUCCGCAGGAUGUACACGCUGACACGCGGCCCCAGCAAACUGACCACGCAGCGCCGGACAGGUCCGACGCAGCAGGCGGUGGAAAGCAGCAAGCUGGGCGAGCUGCGGGGCCGGCUCCAGCCCGGCAACUGGCCCCCUGUUGGCCCAGCGCAGAAGCUCGUGUUCAACAGAGUGAACGGGAAGCGGCCGCAGCAGCUGGGCGCUCCUGAGGAGUGCUACACCUCGGCUCACGAGGAGAACGUCCGCUUCAUCUAUGAAGCCUGGCAGCAGGUAGAACAGCAGCUGGAUGGCAGCAGGAGUGAGGACAGCACCUGUGGCCCUGUGCAGUACGUGGAGAAAACCCCCAGCCCUGUGCUGAAAAAGCAAUGAAGCUGUGAGAGCAUCUGCUCAGACCCCAGAAGCUGUGGCAUUUUUGUAGAACCACUUUUUAACCAAGCUGACUGAAGCCAAGUGCCCCACGCUGCCAGCCCAGCGGGACCCCAGCACCACUCCUUAAGUGCCAGUUCUUGGACUGCUGCAGCUCCUGCAGCCUCCAGCUCCCAGGGACACUGCUGUGCCAAGGCUGGGAUCAAAGAAGGGGAUUGCCACCCCCAUCCCUCUCGUGGCUGUGAGCAUGGGGAGGACAGUGGGGUGCUGCUGUAGCAGGACAGACGGACAAUAAAGAGCUGAAACUGC